AAGAGCCCGAGCCCGAAAGAGAGAGAGAGAGAGAAUGGCGAGUUGGGUUCGAUCAGUCGUGAUUCUGGUUUUAGCCAUGGUCUUGUUUCCGAUGAUGGUCGAGCCCAAGGUUUGGCAUUACAAGUUCAACGUUGUGAUGAAGAACAUGACUAGGUUGUGUGAAACUAAACCUGUAGUUACUAUAAAUGGAAAGUUUCCAGGGCCGACUUUGUACGCUAGAGAAGACGACCAAGUUAUCGUUCGAAUUGUGAAUAACGUACAACACAACAUUACAAUCCAUUGGCAUGGAGUUCGGCAACUACGAACGGGGUGGUCAGACGGGCCAGCGUAUGUAACACAGUGCCCGAUACAGAGCGGUGAAAGAUAUCACUACAAGUUUAACGUUACGGGCCAAAGGGGUACGCUUCUUUGGCAUGCCCAUAUCACUUGGCUAAGAGCCACUGUGCAUGGAGCCAUCGUCAUUUUGCCGAAACACGGCGUUCCAUACCCGUUUCCGAAACCCGAUCAUGAAAAGAUCAUCAUAUUCGGCGAAUGGUGGAAAUCGGAUGUCGAUGCUGUGAUGCAACAGUGGAUGCAAACUGGUAUGCCGCCUAAUGUAUCGGAUGCACACACCAUCAAUGGCUAUCCAGGGCCGGUUCCUAAUUGCAGCUCUACAGGAUACACUUUGCACGUCGAAGCCGGAAAGACGUACUUGUUGCGAAUAGUCAACGCUGCGCUGAAUGAAGAUUUGUUUUUCAAAAUCGCCAACCAUAAGCUUACGGUUGUUGAAGUCGAUGCUUGUUACGUCAAACCAUUCAAAACUGAUACGAUAUACAUUGCUCCGGGCCAAACCACAAACGCUCUUUUAACCGCAGAUCAAACAUCCGGCAAGUACUUGAUGGCGAUUUCGCCUUUCAUGGAUACCAUUGUGGCGGUUGACAACCAAACUGCGAUAUCCUCCUUACGCUACAAUAGCACCAAACCGUACACACCGAUUACCCUUACCGCCCUUCCAGCAGUAAACGCGACAUCGGCUACAAACUUAUACAUCGAGUCUCUUAGAAGCCUGAAUUCGCCAAAAUACCCUGCCCGGGUCCCUUUAGACAUUGAUCACUCUUUGAUGUUUGUCGUUGGUGUUGGAGUAAACCCGUGUGCAACUUGUGUUAACGGAAGCAGAGUUGUAGCGGGUGUCAACAACGUUACGUUUGUGAUGCCCACCACAGCUCUACUUCAGGCACAUUAUUUUAACAUAAGUGGUGUUUUCACCGACGAUUUCCCUGGAAAUCCGGUAACACCUUAUAACUACACCGGUACUCCACCAACAAACAUGCAACUUACAAACGGGACUAAAGUUUACCGGUUGGCGUAUAAUUCCACCGUUCAAGUCGUGAUUCAAGGCAACGCGGUGAUAGCCCCAGAGAGCCAUCCGAUACAUCUUCACGGGUUCAACUUUUUUGUCGUUGGAAAGGGGAUGGGAAAUUACGAUCCGGAGAACGACCCAAAGACAUUCAAUCUCGUCGAUCCCGUUGAGAGGAAUACGCUUAAUGUUCCUACUUCAGGAUGGACCGUCAUAAGAUUCACAGCUGAUAAUCCAGGUGUAUGGUUUUUGCAUUGUCAUUUGGAAGUACACACGACAUGGGGGCUAAAGAUGGCGUUUUUGGUGGAGAAUGGUAAGGGGCCAAAGGAGUCGAUUAUACCACCACCAAAAGAUCUUCCAACAUGUUAAGUCAACGCAACAGUUUUUGGUCAAAGAAAGAAAUUUCAUUCAAAUGCACAUGUGAAGACGAAAGAAGCAUUUGAAAGAGGAAUAAAACGGUGUUUAAAUUAAUGAAUUGUUUUGUAGUUUGAGUUAUUGAUUUGUUGGGGGUCGUUAUGUAACUGAUUGCAUUGUAUAGGGGUUAAAUCCGUGCAAUAAACACAAAAGUUUC